UUUAGUUAACAAUAUUUUCUAUAACAGAUCGGUGUCGCGAAAAAUUUAACUCCAACACUCAAUAUCGAAAUGUGUAAACAAGAUUGGAGGUCAACUAUUUUUCUAGUAUUAUAUGGACUUUCUCAUAUCCUCGCUUGUGACUUACCACCGGAGAUUGAAAAAUGCAAAGCAGGCGAUCAUGUAUGCAUUACCCAAAGAAUGAAUGAUAUAACACGUCUUCAUCCCGAAGGAAAUCCCUUUUUAAAAUGCCAAGUUUAAAGUUGGUAACACUCGAUAAACUGACAGCGGCUAAGUCGAAUGCCAAAUCCCCGUUACAGUUAAACUUCGAACUCUUCGAUAUUAAAAUAACCGGUUUGGAUAAAACGAAGGUACUAAGUACCAAUGGCUUUGAAAAGGGCACUGAACACCAUGAAGUAGACUUCGAAGUACCGAUUGUGAAAAUAAAUGCUCGCUAUGAGAUCGACGGUAAACUGUUGCUGGUACCUAUAAAAGGUAAAGGGCACGGAGAGUUUACACUUAAGGAUGUACAUGCAACAAUGAACUGGAAAAUUGCUUUUGAGAAGCGUGAUGGCAAAAAUUACAUAAAAUCGACAGAGUUAUUGCUCUCCACAGACGUGGAAAGCAUGAUAUUUAAUUUUGAAAAUUUAUUCGGUGGGAAUAAGGAAUUGACCGUCUCAACGAAUAAAAUCCUAACUGAUAACUCGCGAGAUGUAUGGAAAUCGAUGGAGAAAGAAUUUAGCGCGGGGUUGGCUAAAGUUCUUGAUGCAGUUGUAUUACCUACAAUCGAAUGUUUAUCUUAUGAUGAUUACUUUACAGAUUAA